UUCUCGGUAGUUAAUACUUAAUGGAACGAAAGUGGAAGCUAGAAUGGAAAAAGUGUAAAAGGAAGUGGAAGGGACAAUAAAAUGUUGGUGAUCAGUUGUUCCACUUCCACUAGGUUGUUUUUGAAGUCACCAGCUUCACCUUUGUGUCUGUCUUGUCCAUAUUCGUCACUCAAAAUGGCUAAUAUUGAUUUAGUAAAUGCUAUUCCCAAGCUUGGAAGAAAAUGGAGAGCCGUUGAUGGGAGUGGAGAGAAGCAAUCAGUUACCGUAGCAAGCUUUGACGAUGAUAACGUUGUUGACUCAGCUUCAACGGUGGUGAGUAAUUUCUAUGGAGGAAUCAAUGCGCAUGACGUGGAUUCUGUAGAGUAUCUAAUUGCUGAGAAUUGUGUGUACGAAGACCUUGUCUUUCCCCAACCCUUUGUGGGUCGUAAGGAAAUUCUAGAGUUCUUCAAAAAAUUCACUAAUGCUACAAGCACAGAUCUGCAGUUUGUUAUUGAUGAUUUGUCUACCAAGGACUCCUCAUCCGUUGGGGUGAUAUGGCAUUUAGAAUGGAAGGGAAAGCCUUUUCCAUUUAGCAAAGGGUGCAGCUUUUAUCGUCUAGAGGUGAUCAACGGCAAGAGACAGAUAACAUAUGGGCGAGACUGUGUUGAACCUGCAAUCAAGCCCGGGAAUGCAACUUUGGGAUAAGAGAUGAAGGAAAAGUCAAAUUCUAAACAAGCCAGUUAACUACCAAAAGUUAAUAAUCUAACAAGAGCCAGAAAUAAUUGCGCAAAGUCAAACCAAAUCUUGUCUCAAAAUCCUUCCUCUUAAUUAUAAACCAAAAUUAUGGCAAUCACUAAAGUUAGUAAGUUACAUCUCUUAGUCUUAAAUUUCCCAUCCCAUCUAUAUCUUGUGUUCUUUGAAUCUGUUUCUCGGGUCAUUUUGUACUUCGUUUGGUAAAUUAAUUGUAAUGUGGUUGCCAGUAAACAGUUUUGGCGUAGCUUUCAUAUUGGUCAUCAUUUAAAAUUCGAUGUUGUUAUUGGGAAACAGCAAGAACACACAGAUCAUGAAGAAAAACUUAAAUGUUGUGAACGCAUGUGCAAUGGUGUGGACGAGUGUGUUCAUGUUUAUCCAUUAACUGAGUUCUAUGUUCUUGGAAAACAAU